AUGGCCGUUUCAAAGAGGGGCCUCUCAGGCCUCCAGCGCGAGGUCCUCUCGCUCUACCGGCAAUGCCUGCGCGGCAUCCGCAGCAAACCCGAGGACAAGAAGCAGCACUUUCAGUCUUUUGCCCGCGCCGAGUUCCAGAAGCACCUCGCCGUCGACAAGCGCGAUUUUGCUGCCAUCGAGUUCCUGCUGAGGAAGGGCCGUCGCCAGGUUGAAGUCUACUCGUCCCCCGGCAUCAAGGACAUUCGAUAA